GCUGGGAUACUGCGGGGGUCUGGUUUUGGCCGGGCCAAGAGCUGCUGAAGCAGAGGGAGUAGGUAGCUGAGAGUCUUGCCACUGCCUGUUUCCGCUGCGCAAAGGACGUGGCGGCCGCGAAGUAAUGGGGGGAUGGUACUCGACUGCACCGUGGUGGGUCGAACGACUUCGGGAGCAACCUCUUGUAGUGCGCGCAAUACCCGUGGCUCCAGACCCAGAUCCGAGAAGCUGCCCUCGGAUAAGUUACGCAAUGCUGGUGUCUCGCGUUGUGAGCGCUCGAUGGAGAAGUGGUCCCAGCGGGAGCGCCUAUUCUUCCAGCCCCGCGAAGCGAGUGGCGCGCUCUCCCAGCGAGGCAGCGUGAGGCGCGCCGGCUGGUUGAACUCUGGCCGUCGCGCUGAGAUCAGCAGCGGGCCGGGUCGCACCAGCACCGGCCGCAGGGAGUUCCGCCGCCCACUCUGCAGCUGUUCCUGCCGCCGCUGUAGAGCCCGUGGGAUGCGCACCACUGGUAAGGGCUCAUCGGGACCGCUAACCGCCAGGUCCCGUCGAGGUGCCAGAAACAAACGAGGCGCAAGCAACGAAAGCCGAGACGACCAUACUAGAGCCAUAUUUACCUCGCUGCUGGAGAGGCGCACGGUACUGACGUCACUGGUGCGCCAAGGCCUCGCAGACGGUGGCUGGAGUGGCUCAGUACCACACGCGGAAUUGGCGAACCUUGAGAAGAAGGGAGGUUCUGUAGAAUUCAGCACCGGCGAGGUCUGCUGGAGCAGAGGAGGAAUGAUUGUGAACAGCCUCUCACUGUGCUAUCACAACAAACUCAUCUUAGCUCCUAUGGUUCGGGUAGGGACUCUCCCAAUGCGGCUGCUGGCCCUGGACUAUGGAGCGGACAUCGUGUACUGUGAGGAGCUGAUCGACCUCAAGAUGCUUCAGUGCAAGAGAGUUGUCAAUGAGGUGCUCAGCACGGUGGACUUUGUAGCCCCCGAUGACCGAGUCGUCUUCCGCACCUGCAGAAGGGAGCAGAGCAGGCUCGUCUUCCAGAUGGGGACUUCGGACGCAGAGCGAGCCCUCGCCGUGGCCAGACUUGUAGAAAAUGACGUGGCUGGAAUUGAUGUCAACAUGGGCUGUCCGAAAGACUAUUCCACCAAGGGGGGAAUGGGAGCCGCUCUGCUGUCUGAUCCCGACAAGAUUGAGAAGAUCCUCAGCACUCUUGUUAAAGGGACACACAGACCUGUGACCUGCAAAAUUCGCAUCCUACCGUCGCUGGAAGACACCCUGAGCCUUGUGAAGCGGAUAGAGAGCACUGGCAUCGCCGCCAUCGCAGUUCACGGGAGGAAGCGGGAGGAGCGACCUCAACACCCUGUCAGCUGUGAAACCAUCAAAGCCAUUGCCGAAACCCUCUCCAUUCCCGUCAUAGCCAAUGGAGGAUCUCACGACCAUAUCAAAGAUCACUGGGACAUCGAGGACUUUCGACGAGCUACAGCAGCCUCUUCAGUGAUGGUGGCCCGAGCUGCCAUGUGGAACCCGUCCAUCUUCCUCAAGGAGGGUCUGCGGCCCCUGGAGGAGGUCAUGCAGAAGUACAUCCAAUACGCUGUGCAGUAUGACAACCACUACACCAACACCAAGUACUGCUUGUGUCAGAUGCUACGAGAACAGCUGGAGUCACCCCAGGGAAAGCUGCUCCACGCUGCCCAGUCUUCCCGGGAGAUUUGUGAGGCUUUUGGCCUUGGUACCUUCUAUGAAGAGACCACACAAGAACUGGACUCCCGGCGGGCUGAGCUCUUGGCCAAGACCCCAGAGGAGGUGAUGGAGCCAGCGGAAGACCCCUCUGGUGUCAUUAAGAUGGCUGUCAAGUUUGACCGGAGAGCAUACUCUCCCCAGAUCACCCCGAAGACCUGCCUGUUGGAGUGGUGCCGGAGGGAGAAGUUGGCGCAACCUGUGUAUGAAACGGUUCAACGCCCCCUAGAUCGGCUCUUCUGCUCUGUUGUCACUGUUGCUGAGCAAAAGUACCAGUCCACCUUGUGGGACAAGUCUAAGAAACUGGCGGAACAGGCUGCAGCCAUCGUCUGUCUACGGAGCCAGGGCCUCCCUGAGGGUCGGCUGGGUGAGGAGAGCUCCUCCUUGCACAAGCGUAAGCGAGAGGCACCUGACCAAGACCCUGAGGGCUCCAGAGCUCAGGACCCAGCAAAGCCUGGGGAUCUGUGCAAGAAGCCCUUUGUAACCUUGGGAAGUACUAAAGAGAGUCCUCUGGAAGGCUGGUGACCACUGUCUGUUCCCUGGUCACCACCGCCUGACUGCGGGUCUGGCCCUGAGAUGACUGUGGGUACAGAGCAUAAACCAGAUGCUGUUGGACAGUUUGCUGCCCCUGCCUGACAGGUGUCAAGAAGUUCUGGCCUGGCCCAUCAGCCUGGAGCAUGGGCCAAGGGGUGCCCAGAGUGCCCGUCUCUCUUGGUUGGUUUUAGUAGCAGGGCCAAGUUCCCAGUGACCUCCGUAUUUUCUUUGAAAACAGGAGCUUUUUCAGUGGCACCUCCCUCAUCUGACAUUGGUGCAGUGCAAUAAAGACACCCUCUACUCUCA